AUGACUAAACUGACAAUUCAUAAUACGAAAAUUGAAGAAAAAGUUGCACAACAAUUCGCUAAUGCUUUGAGCAAAAAGACGAGAAUCAGCAAACUCUCGCUUAAAUCAAAUCGUAUAAGUGAUGAAGGUGCAAAAUAUUUAGCUGAUGUUCUACAAAAUAAUACAACAUUACAGAGACUUGAUCUAGGUGAAAACUUUAUUGGACCAUUAGGAGCUGAAUAUCUUGCUGAUGCUUUGCGUGAAAAUACAAAUCUCAUGAAUGUAGAUUUAACGGGAAAUGGUCAAGGAGAUUGGGCAGUAAUAGGAGUCGCUAUUGAGAUACGAAACAAUAAAAAUCUUACUGUGAUUAAUCUUCGAUGCAGUAGACUUGGUGAUGAAGGAACUGAGAUUUUAUGCCAAGCAUUGCAAAUGAAUUGCUCUAUUGUCACUCUUGAUCUUCGAUCAAAUGAUAUUAGCGAGAACGGAGCAAAACUUCUUGCUAAAGUAUUACAUGGCAAUAGGACAUUGACAACAGUGUUAUUAGGUAAUAAUAGAAUAGGUGAUAAUGGAACAAAAUAUCUUGCCGAUGCAUUACACAAUGGCACAGCACUAAUUAAACUUGAUCUUAGUUCAAAUGUUAUUGGGAAUGAAGGAAUGCAAAUGUUAGCAAAUGCAUCAAAAAGAACUAUAAGACUGCAAACACUUGAUCUUGGUAUCAAUAACAUUGGAGAUGAAGGAGCAAAAUGUUUGGCAGAUAUAUUGAAGAAUCAAAUGAAACUCAAAGUAUUGGAUCUUCGGUCAAAUCGAAUUACUGAUAGAGGAGCAAAAUUUCUAGCAAUUGCAUUAAAUCAAAGCGAAACUCUUAGACGAAUUUCAUUAUGGCAAAAUGAAAUCACAGACAAUGGUGCACAACUUUUGAUGAACGAAUUACGUCGUAAUCAUGUAUGGACAUUAUUCUCUUAUUAA